UCGACUUUUCUAACUGUGACAAGACACGAAAGUUGUCAGGACAAAAUCAGUCGAUUAUAGACCACAAGUUCUGGGCUUUUUGGUGUAUAUAAUAAAUAGAGUGGGCCUAGUAUGCAUGUUUAGGCUUUCGGUUAAUUGACAAAUCGAGAGAAAGAGAGUCUCCACUUCUCUUUGUUCCGACGACAAGUUAUGAUUAGUAAUUAGACUAAACCCGUUUGCGACUAUUUCUGUCUUGUAUGUCAUGUCAGGGACUCGGGAGUGUUUUUAAACAUUAUUACAAUAUCCGAAACCAAAAUGUACUUAACACCUUAUUUCUUAAUCUUGUGUCAAUUUUAAGAAACAACAACUAGUAGUAAUUAUUAAUUAACUAUCAAGUAGGGAUUAGACUAACUUUUCUUGAUAUAUUCGCUUUACAUAACGAAAAAUUCUCCUGAUUGCAAAUCAUAAAACAUAAUUUGACCAGAUCGUUACAUAUAUGAUAAAUCUAAAUCACUAACUUUUUUAUUAAUUUUAAAAUGAUAAUAUAAAAACAAUCGCCGUUACUAAUAUAAGUUGAUAGCUUCUCGCAUUUCACACAAAAGUAAAGGAGGAGGGAGGGAGAAGAACGAUCUAUCUGGCGGCCAAUUCGCGAUCCGCCGUUGGAUCUCUCACGAUGUCACUCUCCAGACUACACAAAUUCAAACUCUUCGCGGCAAAUCGCAGCUUGGAGGCAUCCGCCGCCGGUAACCCCUCAAUGAGUCCGACGAAGAGUCCUGUGUUUCAUCUCCAGCGACGCAAAACCCUGCGGAUGUUGUUCGAAAAGAGCUUCGACAGCCGCAGACGGAACCUCCGUCAGAUCCUCGAAGAAUCGCCGGAGCUUGAUGGAAACUCCGGGAAUAAGAAGAAGAGGGGAAACCACCGUGCGAGACGUAAGUUGAAAGAGCUGAUGGUCACAUCGCCGUCUCCGCCGUUUAGUGGUGGGGAAGAGAUAGACAACGGCGGAGAAGCGGCGGUUGCUGGCGGCGACGUUACUUCUAACGGUGACGGGAGAGAAUUAACGACUCGACGAUUCGGUCCUUCCGGUCCGGUUCAGUCAUUUCGGUUAAGGAUUUUGAGAAAACCUUGGCGACCAGUCCUGGUUUCGAUUCCUGAGCAAUGAAAAGCUGAAAAAACUUGUUUAUCCUUUUUUUCCUAAUUAAAAAGGCAUUAGAUAAAAAGAUGACUGCUUUUUCUGCGUUUGUUUUCGUCAUAUAGCUUUCUUUUCUUACAAACAUAUAACAAUGUUUAUGGUUGGAUGUUAUUGUUAUGAUGAAAUGUUAUAGUUAAUAUGUCAUA